CUCUCUCUCUUUCUCUCUCUUUUGUCUUUUUUAUAUUAAUUCAUAUAUACACCCAAUGUCACAAGAUGUGCAUGCUGAUUUACCAACACUAGAUCAAGUGCUCACCAGAAAGACAUUACCACCAGUCUGUUUAUAUAACUUUUAUAUUGUUAUGAGAGAUAGACUAAAGAUGGAAGAGAUACUAGACUUUUAUCUAGACUUACAACAUCAUGAAUUAUUAUGGAGAAAAUAUGUCAAAGCCAUGCAUCGUACAGGGCAUUUAUCUGAGGAUGAUCUAAGUGAAGGAUAUCAAUCUCCUAGACUAUUGAGUCGUUUAUCCCAUUCACCUCAACAAGAAGAAGCCGAGAAGAUACCCAGCCGUAAAGAGUUGGCAGAAUCAGCACAACGAUUAUUAUUAAGAUACCUGGUACCAUCUGCAACAAAAGAAGUAACCCAAUUACCGUCUGAACUAAGGGCAUCCCUUGUUAAAGACUUACAAAAGUCUGAAGCAAGAGAUGAUCCUUUAUUGUUUGCAGAAGCUAAACAGUACACACUUGAGUAUAUGCAACGAUUUGCUUAUCCAAAGUUUCUAAGAUUAAAAGCAUGGGGGAAUGUUACGCUCUAUCAGCAGCUGGGAAGAUUGGUUAUUGGUUUAGUCUGUUUGCUGGCAGCAUUGACUACAUCACUUUGUUUUAUAUUCCUAGAUUAUCCACAAUGGGGCACACGAUUUUGGAUCCUAUUACCUUUCUGGCUUGGAAUCUAUAAUAUGUUGGUAUUCUUGACUGGAUUAGAUCCUCUUUGGGUCCUUGUAUUCAAUAAGAGUGAGACUACGACAUUUAAAUUCAACUCAAUUAAGCAACCACAAGUCAAACGUAUCUUGGUAUCAAGGUCUAUUUGGCAAUUAGCUCAGAGUAUUAUCAUUUCUAUAAUUUGUACUAUUAUCUUUUGUGCUAUUCCACCUCAUCGUCUAUAACCCUACUUUAUACGCGUGUGUAAUUAAAAUACAUCUAUUUUUAAUAAUGAAAACAAGAAUUAUAUCAAUCAUUCACUACAUGACAAGUAGUAGCGGUAGUGAUGAUACUAUUUUGGAUGUCAAAAGCAGUCAUUGAAAUUUCAUUUUUUUUUUUUCUAAAGAAUAAAUAUGAUCAUUUUACUGGUCUUUUUCAUUCUUUUUCUUUUUUUCUAUCAUGU